GAAUUCAAACUGACUUGCAGUGAGGAGGCAUGAUGUGGAGAGACGCGGGAGUCACACUGAUACUGUCACUAAUUCUGCCUGUGGUCGCUCAGGGAGCGCGUAAGUCACAGACCACAAAGUGUGUGUGUGUGUGUGUGUGCAUGUGUGUGUGUGCGUGCGUGUAUGAUACUGCCACUAAUCUGCCUGUGGUCACUCGGAACAUUUAAGUCAAAGACCACGGCCAUGUAACCUCUGAUUGGAUUUGGAUUGCACUGUCCGUAUAUAACUGGCUGAAUUAAAGGGAGACUGUGUGUCCAGAAUGAUUAAGACUAUGCAUGGAGCAUAUCAACAGUGUCGGCUGAAGGCUUACUGUAGUUUCAGUACUACACCCAUCACAGUAGACAUUGGAAAUACACUGAUAACAUAUCUAGAUAACUUUUUUGAUGGAACCUAAACAGCCACAAGUAAAAUAGAUAAUUUUGAUAUAGAUCUAUUAUAUAUAGAUCUAUUAUACAGUACCAGUCAAAAGUUUGGACACACCGAUUCAUUCAAGGGUUUUUCUUUAUUUUUACUAUUUUCUACAUUGUAGAAUAAUAGUGAAGACAACAAAACUAUGAAAUUACACAUAUGGAGUCAUGUAGUAACCAAAAAAGUGUUAAACAAAUCAAAAUAUAUUUUAUAUUUGAGAUUCUUCAUAGGAGCCACCCUUUGCUUUGAUGAAAGCUUUGCACACUCUUGGCUUUCUCUCAACCACCAUCAUGAGGUAGUCACCUGGAAUGCAUUUCAAUUAACAGGUGUGCCUUCUUAUAAGUUAAUUUGUGGAAUUUCUUUCCUUCUUAAUCCGUUUGAGCCAAUCAGUUGUGUUGUGACAAGGUAGGGGUGGUAUACAAAAGAUAGCCCUACAGAAGAUAGACUUGGUAAAAUACCAAGUCCAUAUUAUGGCAAGAACAGCUCAAAUAAGCAAAGAGAAACGACAGUCCAUCAUUACUUUAAGACAUGAAGGUCAGUCAAUACGGAACAUUUCAAGAACUUUGAACGUUUCUUCAAGUGCAGUCGCAAAAACCAUCAGGUGCUAUGAUGAAACUGGCUCUCAUGAGGACCGCCACAGGAAUGGAAGACCAGAGUUACCUCUGCUGCAUAGGAUAAGUUCAUUAGAGUUAACCGCACCUCAGAUUGCAGCCCAAAUAAAUGCUUCACAGAGUUCAAGUAACAGACACUCUCAAAAUCAACUGUUCAGAGGAGACUGCGUGAAUCAGGCCUUCAUGGUCGAAUUGCUGCAAAGAAACCACUACAAAAGGACACUAAUAAUAAGAAGAGACUUGCUUGGGCCAAGAAACACGAGCAAUGGACAUCAGACCGGUGGAAAUCUGUCCUUUGGUCUGAUGAGUCCAAAUUUGAGAUUUUUGGUUCCAACCACCAUGUCUUUGUGAGUCGCAGAGUAGGUGAACGGAUGAUCUCUGCAUGUGUGGUUCCCACUGUGAAGUAUGGAGGAGGAGGUGUGAUGGUGUGGGGGUGCUUUGCUGGUGACACUGUCUGUGAUUUAUUUAGAAUUCAAGGCACACUUAACCAGCAUGGCUACCACAGCAUUCUGCAGCAAUACGCAAACCAUCAGGUUUGCGCUUAGUGGGACUAUCAUUUGUUUUUCAACAGGACAAUGACCCAACAAACCUCCAGGCUGUAUAAGAGCUAUAUGACCAAGAAGGAGAGUGAUGGAGUGCUGCAUCAGGUGACCUGGCCUCCGUAAUCACCCGACCUCAACCCAAUUGAGAUGGUUUGGGAUGAGUUGGACCGCAGAGUGAAGGAAAAGCAGCCAACAAGUGCUCAACAUAAUUGGGAAUUCCUUCAAGACUGUUGGAAAAGCAUUCCAGGUGAAGCUGGUUGAGAGAAUGCCAAGAGUGUGCAAAGCUGUCAUCAAGGCAAAGGGUGGCUACUUUGAAGAAUCUAAAAUCUAAAAUAUAUUUUGAUUUGUUUAACACUUUUUUGGUUACUAAAUGAUUCCAUAUGUAUUAUUUCAUAGUUUUGAUGUCUUCGCUAUUAUUCUACAAUGUAAAAAAUAGUAAAAAUACAGAAAAACCCUUGAAUGAGUAGGUGUGUCCAAACUUUUGACUGGUAGUGUAUAUGCUGUAGAUAUAUUAUAUAUAGAUAUAUUUUGACCUCAAUGGGAAAACUUGGUCAAACAAAGGUCAAAUGAAAUAUAAAAGAAAUAAGGAAAUAGCUGGUCUAACUGUCAAAGGUGUUGUGUGUUGUCUCACAGGUGUUGUGUGUUGUCUCACAGGUGUUGUGUGUUGUCCCACAGGUGUUGUGUGUUGUCCCACAGGUGUUGUGUGUUGUCCCACAGGUGUUGUGUGUUGUCUCACAGGUGUUGUGUGUUGUCUCACAUGUGUUGUGUGUUGUGCUGCCUUCUGUGCCUGUUGUCUGACCUGGUCUACCGGUUGUCUAUCCUUCAGGCCACACACCCCCAGGAAAGCCCAAGCUGACCAGCUGCAGGUCCCCAGAUAAGGAGACCUUCACCUGCUGGUGGGAGGCAGGCUCUGAUGGGGGGCGACCCACCACCUACUCCCUCUUCUACCACAAAGAGAAGUGAGUGGUAAUACAUGCCCACUGGCAAGGAGGUGGACACCCACGAAGCAACCCCCCCCCCCCCCCCCCCCAUGCCCGCAUUACCCCCUAUCACAUGCCCACUGGAGGCGGACUCCCACGAAGCAACCCCCCCCCCCCAUGCCCGCAUUAUCCCCUAUCACAUGCCCACUGGAGGCGGACACCCACGAAGCAACCCCCCCCCCCAUGCGCGCAUUACCCCCUAUCACAUGCUCACUCAUAAACACCAUUGGUCACUUGUCUUGGACACAUCUACACACGCAGGCUUAGGUACAAACACACUGAUGUUUUUCAGGAAUUGUUUAUGUACACACAAAGGCAAAGGAUGUUGACUUGUUUUUUUCACUGUCGUGGAAAUAGCAAGACUGAAAAACCAUAACAAUGCCUCCACACGAACACUUAUUCCCCCUCCUGUCCAGACACGUUGUUCCUCACUUAUGUCACAUUGUCAUCUCUGUGUCAUCUCUCUUUGUCCAGCUCUGACACGGUCUAUGAGAGUCCAGACUACUUCACUAUCUGUCUCUAACUGGAACUGUCUCUGUCGCGCUCUCUCUGUCCCUGUCUCUCCAGCUCUGACACAGUCAAUGAGAGUCCAGACUACUUCACUGUCUGUACUCUGUCUCUAACUGGAACUAACUGUCUCUUUCUGUCCCUCUCUCUGUCCCUCUCUCUGUCCCUCUCUCUGUCCCUCUCUCUGUCCCUCUCUCUGUCCCUCUCUCUGUCCCUCUCUCUGCCCCUCUCUCUGUCCCUCUCUCUGUCCCUCUCCAGCUCUGAAACAGUCUAUGAGUGUCCAGACUACCAUACAGCGGGGGCCAACUCCUGUUUCUUCAACAAGAAUGAAACAUCCAUCUGGAUCAACUACAACAUCACUGUAGUGGCCACCAACGCCCUCGGCAGCAACUUCUCUGACCCUGUGGACGUAGACGUGGUCUAUAUAGGUAAGAAACUUGACCCUGUGGACGUAGACGUGGUCUAUAGAGGUAAGAAACUUGACCCUGUAGACGUGGUCUAUAGAGGUAAGAAACUUGACCCCGUAGACGUAGACGUGGUCUAUAGAGGUCAGAAACUUGACCCCGUGGACGUAGACAUGGUCAUUGACAUUAGUAUCCGUCUGUCCCCCCUCUUCAGUCCAGCCACACACACCAGAGAACGUGACGGUGGGGGUGUUGGAGGACGAAGAUGGUCCUUUCCUCAGGGUGUCAUGGGAGCCGCCCCGUAAGGCUGACACACGUUCCGGCUGGAUCACCCUUAUCUAUGAGCUCAGGGUCAAACUGGAGGAGGCAGAGGAGUGGGAGGUACGUAAACACAAUUAGAAUGUUUGCCACAGCAACCACACACUAGAACAUUCAGAACGUUCACAAUGGCAACCACAAUCAGGGAGUGAUGCCUUUGCAGCUACACUGAAGAAGAGGAAGUGAUGUGAUUAGAAAAGAUUCAUUAGGAGCAGACAGUUUGUAACCUCUAGGGCAGUGAUCCUCAAUCCCGCAGUGAUCCUCAUUCCUGCUCUGUACCAGCAUGUGCCCAGCAGUGAACCACUUGACUCGCUAAUCAAGGUGUUGAAAAUCAGUUGAGGCCAGUGUGAUGAAGACAUUAAGCUCAGCUGGGAUAAAAACCUGGAGUAUAAUGCAGGUCUCUAGGAGCAGAGUUGGGGAUCACCGUUAUCUAAGCUAUACAGUGAGGGAAAAAAGUAUUUGAUCCCCUGCUGAUUUUGUACGUUUGCCCACUGACAAAGAAAUGAUCAGUCUAUCAUUUUAAUGGUAGGUUUAUUUGAACAGUGAGAGACAGAAUAACAACAACAAAAAUCCAGAAAAACGCAUGUCAACAAUGUUAUAAAUUGAUUUGCAUUUUAAUGAGGGAAAUAAGUAUUUGACCCCCUCUCAAUCAGAAAGAUUUCUGGCUCCCAGGUGUCUUUUAUACAGGUAACAAGCUGAGAUUAGGAGCACACUCUUAAAGGGAGUGCUCCUAAUCUCAGCUUGUUACCUGUACAGAAGAGACCUGUCCACAGAAGCAAUCAAUCAAUCAGAUUCCAAACUCUCCACCAUGGCCAAGACCAAAGAGCUCUCCAAGGAUGUCAGGGACAAGAUUGUAGACCUACACAAGGCUGGAAUGGGCUACAAGACCAUCGCCAAGCAGCUUGGUGAGAAGGUGACAACAGUUGGUGCGAUUAUCCGCAAAUGGAAGAAACACAAAAUAACUGUCAAUCUCCCUCGGCCUGGGGCUCCAUGCAAGAUCUCACCUCGUGGAGUUGCAAUGAUCAUGAGAACGGUGAGGAAUCAGCCCAAAACUACACGGGAGGAUCUUUUCAAUGAUCUCAAGGCAGCUGGGACCAUAGUCACCAAGAAAACAAUUGGUAACACUACGCCGUGAAGGACUGAAAUCCUGCAGCGCCCGCAAGGUCUCCCUGCUCAAGAAAGCACAUAUACAGGGCCGUCUGAAGUUUGCCAAUGAACAUCUGAAUGAUUCAGAGGAGAACUGGGUGAAAGUGUUGUGGUCAGAUGAGACCAAAACCGAGCUCUUUGGCAUCAACUCAACUCGCCGUGUUUGGAGGAGGAGGAAUGCUGCCUAUGACCCCAAGAACACCAUCCCCACCGUCAAACAUGGAGGUGGAAACAUUAUGCUUUGGGGGUGUUUUUCUGCUAAGGUGACAGGACAACUUCACCGCAUCAAAGGGACGAUGGACGGGGCCAUGUACCGUCAAAUCUUGGGUGAGAACCUCCUUUCCUCAGCCGGGGCAUUGAAAAUGGGUUGUGGAUGGGUAUUCCAGCAUGACAAUGACCCAAAACACACGGCCAAGGCAACAAAGGAGUGGUUCAAGAAGAAGCACAUUAAAGUCCUGGAGUGGCCUAGCCAGUCUCCAGACCUUAAUCCCAUAGAAAAUCUGUGGAGGGAGCUGAAGGUUCGAGUUGCCAAACGUCAGCCUCAAAACCUUAAUGACUUGGAGAAGAUCUGCAAAGAGGAGUGGGACAAAAUCCCUCCUGAGAUGUGUGCAAACCUGGUGGCCAACUACAAGAAACGUCUGACCUCUGUGAUUGCCAACAAGGGUUUUGCCACCAAGUACUGUUUUGCAGAGUGGUCAAAUACUUAUUUCCCUCAUUAAAAUGCUAAUCCAUUUAUAACAGUUUUGACAUGCGUUUUCUGGAUUUUUCUGUUUGUUAUUCUGUCUCUCACUGUUCAAAUAAAGCUACCAUUAAAAUUAUAGACUGAUCAUGUCUUUGUCAGUGGGCAAACGUACAAAAUCAGCAGGGGAUCAAAUACAUCCACAAUGCUUUAGGCUAGAAACAAGCAGUAAAAUGCCAGAGGAAGACUCAACACUGAUGCACGAGUGAAUUUAUUUUCCAUAUCAUUUUACAUUUACAUUUUAGUCAUUUAGCAGACGGUCUUAUCCAGAGCGACUUACAGGAGCAAUUAGGGUUGAGUGCCUUGCUCAAGGGCACAUCGACAGAUUUUUCACCUAGUCGGCUCGGGGAUUAGAACCAGCGACCUUUUGAUUACUGGCCCAAAGCUCUUAACCACUAAUCCAUGAUUAUUAUUGCUUUUAUUAUUAUCAUCAUUAAAUAGCCUAAACGAUGUCAAGAGUCUUGGUAAACUAUGUAUAAUUACAGGACAUUUGGUCGUAAAAGGGGGGCCCUGGGGAAAAAAGGUUGGGAACCCCUGAUCUACACAUAGGGAGCAGUUAGCCCUUUUAGGCACAACCCAGUCAUCUGCCCUACAGCAGUGGUGUAAAGUACUUAAGUAAAAUUACUUUAAAGUACUACUUAAGUCGUUUUUAUGGGGUAUCUGUACUUUACUUUACUAUUUGUAUUUUUUGACAACUUUUACUUUUACUUCACUACAUUCCUGAAGAAAAGAUUGUACUUUUUACUCCAUACAUUUUCCCUGACAACCCAAAGUACUCGUUACAUUUUGAAUGUUUAGCAGGACAGGAAAAUGGUCCAAUUCACGCCCUUAUCAAGAGAACACGUGGUCAGCCCUACUGCCUCUGGUCUGGCGGACUCACUAAACACAAAUGCAUCUUUUGUAAAUAAUGUCUGAGUGUUGGCUAUCUGAAAUGUUAAAAAACAAGACAAUUGUGCUUUGCUAAAUAAUAUGAAUUUUAAAUGAUUUAUACUUUUACUUUUGAUACUUAAGUAUAUUUAAAAUCAAAUACUUUUAGACUUUUACUCAAGUAGUAUUUUACUGGCUGACUUUCACUUUUACUUGAGUAACUUUCUAUUAAGGUAUCUAUACUUUUACUCAAGUAUGACAAUUGGGUACUUGUUCCACCACUCUCCUACUGUCACGAGAAUUUAUAUCUCUAAUUAAUCAAACGUAAUGCUUUGAAUAAUUCCCAGAGGGUGUAAGGCUCUGGUUUAAUCAUGAAUUAAACGAAGGUCCGCAACCAACAAGAAUGAUCUGUAUGUUUUAAUCAUGGAGAGCUCUGCCGCCAAAAAAUACAUAUACAGCCUUUAUACCCCCUGACACACAAAGGCACUUUGCUCCGCCCACCUUUAAACAGCUUCUCAGUCCCCUUCACCCUGGAAUGUUUAGUCCCGCCCCCCUCUGUUAGUGGGUUGACACUACAUUAUAACUCUUAACACCGUUCACACAUUUAUACUGUAUUUGGGGUGAAAUCCUUUAGUCAUUAUUCUUAAAAUACAAAUUAAUCUAUCACCUACAGCUACAAUGCUUGACUGGCCAAUGUCUUUAUCACGGGGCCUGUUAAAUAAUGAUUAGAUAUACUUCCCUGGUUUAAGAUUGGUAAUUAUUGCUGAGUUAUAUGAAUAAUCAACCAGUUAGACAAAACACAAGCCUUCAAGGAUCGUUCGGAGAAGGUUCAUGGAAACUUUUCAAAGCCAGACGAUCAAAGUCAUCAUUAACUAUGUUACCCAUAUAUCAUUACUCAGAAAAGGGUCAGGCCUGUAUCUUGUGGCCAAGGUCGAGGGUUGAAUUCCAACAGGGAUCACUUAUACACACUAGAAAAGUAUGCAUGCACUGCUAUUGGAUAAAAGUGCAUGUUUAUAAAAAGUACUCAUGAAAGCAUCAUAUCAAUGCCCUUGUGGUUAUUUACAAUCUCUAAUAUUAUCUUUUGUCUUUUCCCUAACAGGAGCACCGCGCGGGUCAGCAGAAAAUGUUCAACAUCUUCAGCCUGCACUCUGGUGGCAUCUACAUGGUCCAGGUCCGCUGCAAACCAGACCACGGCUUCUGGAGCGAGUGGAGCGCCGCCAGCUAUGUCAAAGUCCCAGACUGUAAGUCUUCAUCAGUACAGACAAUGGCCCGUAGACCUAGAUGUAGAAGUGGGCAACAACGCCUCUAUUGUUGUUAUAGUGUUAAAUAAUGUACAGACAGCACAUCAGUCACUAAUGUGCUGUGCUGCUUCCAGCCUCUUGGGGGAGUAUGUGGUGUCUGUACAUUAUUUAAAACUACACAGACAGCAAAAACACAGACAGCAAAAACACAGACAGCAAAAACACACAUUUCUGUUACCAAAAAAAAAGUUGUAUUCUAAUGUUAUUCUCUUGUUGUGUUGACAGAUAUCCCCCGGGAAAGAUCCAUGUGGAUCCUGAUAGCAGUCUUCUUUGCCUUCAUCUUCCUGAUUCUCACAUGGAUUAUCACCAUGAACAGAACCAGGUAAGAAGGACCUUCUGAAGUCACAGUCAUGAGAUUAGAUUAGAUUAGUCAAUGAAGAAGCUGAUUGCAUAGCAACAGUACUCUCUGUUCUACUAAAGUGUCCUUGUUUGGUGAUUUUCAUGAACAGCUCACUCACUCAGUCACUCUCUCUUUCCCUCUAGUGUGAAGCACUGUCUACUACCUCCAGUUCCUGGACCUAAAAUAAAAGGAUUUGAUAAACAGCUUCUCAAGGUAAAGUGAUUUCAUUAGUUCCCUCAACGUCUCAAUAUUUUCGCAAUGUUUUCGCAAUGUUUUCUCAAUGUUUGCUCUGUCUACAGAAUGGGAAGUCAGAAGAGGUGUUCAACGCCUUGGUAGUCCAAAGUUUCCCUCCGAGGUCUACCGACUACGAGGAUCUGCUGGUGGAAUACCUGGAGGUUUACGUCAACGAGAAACAGGAACUGAUGCUGGAGGGGAAAGACCUCCAAGAUGUCGGUUGCCUCAAGUCCAAGAACCAGUCGGACAGCGACUCAGGCCGGGGCAGCUGUGACAGUCACACCUUGCUGAUGGAGAAGUGUGGAGGUGUGGAGUCCAAGGAGGAGUCGAGCUACGAGGAACCCGAGCUACUGCAGGGCCAGGCGGGGUCUUGGGAGAGGCUGGAGAGGGGAGACAGCCAGGAGGUGGACAGCCCAGAUUCAUCAAAUGGGAGGGUCAAGACCUGGCCGUCAGUCUUCUCCCCGUCGAUCCAUGGAUCCUCCGACAACCACCACUAUGGUACACUUGAGAUGCCCAAGCAGCACAGCACAAGUGAGACAACAUACAGCAUCCCAGAUCAUCUCUUCCCCACAUCCACCUCCUCUUCCCACCACCACCCAGAGUACAGCCUGGGAGAGUACAGCGAGUACCGUCUCAGCAGAUCCCCGUCCGCUGGAGCCGCUUCCCACUGGGAAGCCCAGCACCUCCAGGCCCAUAUCAACUUCAACAUCCACAAUCAGGAGCACCAGAGAGAAGCCACGGUGCUUGGGCUGUCCCCGUCCCGGUCCAUGGAGUACGUGGAGGUCCAGAAAGUGAACCAGGAAAACCAGCUGGUGCUGAAGCCCCUCUCCAGCCAUAGCCGGGGCCCCUUCCAGGUGCAGUUCGGCGGGGCCGGGGUGGACUACAGUAAAGUCAACGGGGUGAACAAUGACAACGUGCUCUUGCUGCAGAGGCAGAGGGAGAUGGCUGAGGCUGGGCGGUACUGUGACUACCAGGAGAAGGAGGGGGGUUCGGCUGAGAGAUGUCCCACACAGCAGCAGGGCAAGGCGGCCAAAGACGGGCCUGUAGCUACCCAGCUCCAGGAGAGCAUGUGCCUGACCACCAGUGGCUAUGUGGACACUGCCACUAUGAUGCCCACCUUCUAGAGGGUCUGAAAGACGGUCUGUGUGCUAAACUCCCUGCUCCUCCUGUAGUCACGAGCUGGGUUGUGACGUCACACAGUUAGACAGUUUGCUAUUGUCACUCUCCAUUCUGUCAGUCUCCAGCUCAGCACAGGAGUUUUGUACAUUGAGGAGGCCUGGAUGGAUAGUUCUCUGGAGGAUAAAAACUAUUCUCUCUGAGACUAAGCUAAUCUCCCAAAAAUGUACAAACACUUUGAGAUAGUGAGGAGAGUUUCUGUCAGAGACUGGACCUAAACCCUUUUACUCCUUGGAGAGCAUAGCUCACCCACAAUCUGUUAAAGAACCAACUCUAUAUGUGUACUUCAUGCAAGAACCGAUGGGAAACAGCUUUAUGCUUCAGAAUCCACAGAAUGAAUAGCUAUAUAUUUAUUUUUUUAAAUAUGAUUUUUAAUGAUGAUAAUGAAUGUAUUUGAUCAUAAUGGUGUAAAUUGAAGUGUAUGCUAAUUAUUACUUAUUUCAGCUCUGUUGUCUCUCUGUGUAUGGCAAAUUGCAACUCUACUGAUUUCCACUACUGCACAUUAUUUCCUCAACGGACUUGCAAAGUAUAAUUUUCUGUAUACAGUUGUUAUGCGGGUGUAUGUAAAAUGAUUCUUGUAGAACCAAAACUGGGGGAACCUCUAAAUACAUUUUAAUGUAUUAUUCUGACUUUUAUAAAUGUGUCUAGUCUAUCUAUAGUCUCAGAGAUACUGUAUCAGAUCUCAGCUGAUGAUUCAGUUUCUGGUUUAGAAAACUAUAGUUAUAUAAAAAGUUUUCUAUAACUGUAAGUAAAAUGUUGUUUUAAAGAAAAGAAGGAAGUACAAAGAAAAAAAGCACUACAGAAAGAAAUACAGGGAUAUUUUUCAUACAGAGUUUAUUUUGGUGAAAGUACAUACAGAUUCUUUACUAUAUUGAUUAUUUGUUCAGUCAAGUAUAUUGAUUUGUUCAAUCUGUGAAUUAAAAUGCUGCUCAUUAAAGAUGAAAUAUAGAUAC